UCUCAAAUCGGAAUGUCACGUGACUAAACAUCCGCUUUGCAAUCAAACAUCUUGUAUGUGAGUUUGCUCUACAUCAAAAUGCUGGUUUUGCUGUCAAUUUUUGUUUUCUUCGUGACCACCAGUGCCGAGUUUGAUCCAACAUGUGUGGAUAGAUUGCCCGACUGCCACUUGUAUGACGUAAGUUCCUGUCAUGGCAUCUAUGAACCUUGGGCGAGAGCCAACUGCAACAACACGUGCGGCUACUGUCCUGGGUUGCCGACCCCCGCCCCGGCCUGCAGGAACAAAAUCGCCAACUGUGACGAUUUUGACCACGAUUCCACGUGUGGUGACCCCCAGUACAAGUACUGGGUAGAAGACCACUGCCGACUUUACUGCCGCAAGUGUACACCGGCGCAGCUGUAUGCAAUUGACCACCCUAAGACAUCUCUCCCAGACCCGACUCCACUCCCCUGCAGGGACCUCGCCCCCGACUGUGCUGCAAGUGGAAAAUCUGUGUGCACCGAUCCCACCCAAACUCUGAGGGCUCACGUGACCUGCAAAAAAUAUUGCGGAUAUUGUUCAGUUCCUGUGUAGGCGAACCACUGCGUCCUCGGUCAAUGGCCGCGAUAGUGUGUCUAAUUAUGGUUAUGAUAUCCUGUGGCUCUAACUAAUAAACGUUGCUUAGCAGCAAGCACACUCA